AUGGUUUCUGAGCUCGCAGUCCGCACGACCAACGGUGCACUUCAUCCUCAAACCUUGAAGCAACGUCACGCCGAACCCCAGCCUAACGACUCGCGUACCCUCUUUGUGGGCGAGGUGGAUCUUCCCGAAUACGAAGAGCCGUUACUGAAAGUAUCUCCGCGCCGUUUUGUUCUCUUUCCGAUCCAAUACGACGAGAUAUGGGCCUUCUACAAGAAAGCUCAGGCCUCAUUCUGGACCGCUGAAGAGAUUGACCUCCAGCACGACUUGUGGGACUGGGUCAAGCUAACUCCAGGCGAGCGCCACUUCAUUUCACAUGUCCUUGCCUUCUUCGCCGCCUCGGACGGUAUCGUCAACGAGAACCUCGUCGAGCGAUUUUCGAACGAGGUCCAAGUCGCUGAAGCCCGCUGCUUCUACGGCUUCCAAAUCAUGAUGGAAAACGUCCACUCUGAGACGUACUCCCUCCUCAUUGAUACUUACAUCAAGGACGUGAACGAGCGCGAAUAUCUCUUCGACGCCAUUGAGACGAUACCCUGCAUAAAACUCAAGGCGGACUGGGCUCUGCGCUGGAUCACGGACAAGCAUUCGACGUUUGCCGAGCGUCUCGUUGCGUUUGCGGCAGUCGAGGGGAUUUUCUUUUCGGGCUCGUUUGCUGCCAUAUUUUGGUUCAAAAAGCGUGGGCUCAUGCCCGGCUUGACCUUUUCGAAUGAACUCAUCAGUCGAGAUGAAGGAAUGCACACCGACUUUGCCUGUCUCGUGUUCACACACCUAAAGCGUCGACCACACCCUCAGACUAUUCUCAACAUUAUUACAGAGGCUGUUGAAAUUGAGAAGACCUUUUUGACUGAUGCUCUUCCUGUCGCGCUGAUUGGGAUGAACGCAAACCUUAUGUGCCAGUACAUUGAAUUCGUCGCCGACCGCCUUUUGACCUCUCUAGGCAACAAUAAGCACUAUGGCUCCGCCAAUCCCUUUGACUUCAUGGACAUGAUCUCCCUUCAAGGCAAGACAAACUUCUUUGAACGACGCGUCUCAGAGUAUGCGAGGGCCAACAUUGAACACUCGCCGGCCAUGUCCCGUUCAACCUCCUGCUCUUCUAAUAAGUUCUUCUCAACGGCGGAAGACUUCUAA